AUGCCUAUAACAGAAACAUUUCAUGGAUUUAUUGAAACAACGACAGACACCUUACUCAUAUUCGAAGCUUGUCGACAGGGCAUUCUACCUAAGAUCAAUCGAAGGCUACAAGAAAGAGAAAGGGGUGCAGUAAAGUCCGGGACCGUCUUUGUCUUUGAUGAAAAAGAGUCAGGCAUCAAGCGAUGGACUGAUGGCCUUGUCUGGAGUCCAUCACGUAUUUUAGGGAAUUUUUUAAUCUAUCGAGAACUUGAUGGCCGCGAACUAUUAGACGAAAAAGCCUCAAACCUGUCGUCCAUGUCCAACAACCGUCUCUACGCAGAUGAAUACAAGACAAGCGACCGAGAACGAGCCCUGGUGGGUUCAUUAACAGAUACUUACAAGUUCAAGAAGGGUGGACUGAUAAAAAAGACUCUCAGCAUACAAGUGAACGGUUCUUCUCAGCACUUGAUUAGUUAUUACACAAAAGAGGAUGUGCUCAACGGUAAAUUAGCGACGCCUUCUUCUAUCCCCGAAAUCGCUUCAGUCCAGAUUUCUCCUGAUUUGUUUAUGCAACAGAAUUUUCGAAUUCCUCUGUCCUUGGAGUAUCCAGAACCUUUUAACAAGCGACUUUCUAUCUCCUCUAAUGAUUCCUCGGCAGUAUCCCGAAGAAGAUCAUCUGUUUUCUACAUGGAAAGCUCCCAUCCUUACAUGGACGCCUAUUCAGGAUGUAUGAUUAUUCGCGAAGACGUGUGUCCUCAGGAGACCUAG